AUGGAGUCUCGACCAGAUAACUACCCCCGCUUGACCCUGCCCAUCUCAGAGCUAAAACCCGCCUACGAUGCAGUCGUUAUAGGAUCGGGCUAUGGCGCCGGUGUUGCAGCGAGUCGCAUGGCUAGGGCUGGGAAGACCGUCGCUGUUUUGGAACUUGGGGCGGAAUGGAGAGGACUCGGCGGUGGCUCGCUCAUCAACGCGGGUGUUUUUCUUGAAGCAGCGCCAGAGAUAAUGCAAAUGAGCGCGUGGCCGGAGGAGAUUAGAGAAUCUCCUUCUCUGGAUGAAUACUACGCCCGCGCAUCAUCCAUGCUCCAACCAUCUCCAUACCCAGAAACAAAAGCACACCCGAGACUAAACAAAAUGCGACAUCUGGAAGAAUAUGCCCAGCUUCUAUCUCAAGAUGACAACAGCCUUGGCAAAGUAAAGAGCACCUUCUCGCGCACACCACUAACAACGACCUUCCAGGCCGGCCGGAAUAGCACGGGGGUCGCGAUGCAGCCGAAUCAGGGAUCCGGACACGAGUCCACGGGGCUGAAUGACGGGUCGAAGAACUCGGUCCCUGUUACUUAUCUGGCUGAUGCGUGGAACUGGGGCGCGGAGAUCUUCUGUGGGUGUGAGGUGCGGUAUGUUGAGAGGGGGGUUGGGCUGGGGUAUACGGUGUAUUUCUCGUGGCGUGGAAAGGGGAGGGAUUGUUUCAAGGAGGAUAUGGAGGCGCAGUUGUUUUGGGUGACGGCGAAAGAGUUCUGUUUCCUGGGAGCUGGUGCUCUUGGGACGACAGAGAUUCUGCUCCGGUCGAAGGAACACGGCCUGAGACUGUCUCCUACACUAGGGAGGAAUAUGUCUGGAAACGGGGAUUUGCUUGUUUUUGGAUACAACGGCCGCAAAGACAUCAACGGGAUUGCAGGCCUUUCAAACAAUUCCAGCAACAAACCAGGCCCAACAAUAACCAGCAUGAUUGAUAACCGCCGGCACAAGCACUCUGAAUCUAGAUCUGGAUCUGGACCUGGAUCUGGGCCACUGGCAGGCUAUAUAAUCGAAGACGGGUGCAUCCCCGAGCCAUUCGCACCGGUCAUCCAGGCCCUCCUGAUCGGGCAGACUCUUCGACAUGAGCUAUUCUCCUUCUUUCAUAGUCCAUGGACUCAAUUCUGCAGAACGAUAGCGGCGCUGAACUCUCUACUUCGGGGGCCGUACGUGUCUGGUGGAGCGAUCCAGCGCACUUCAACAUACCUGAUCAUGUCCCACGACAGCAAUGAAAUAACCCUAACGCUGAAAGACGACAAGCCGUAUCUCCGGGGCGUUGGAGAAGGGCGGUCGAAGAAUAUCCUGCGCAUCAAAGAUUCCUUAGAGAGGGCGAUUAAACAUGCUGGAGCGAGUAUGGGUUUCUCGUAUUUCUAUGGCCGCAACCAAGAUGAAGUCUCCGUCCACGUCCUCGGCGGCGCAAACAUGAGCCGGGACGGAACCGGCCGUGAGGGUGUAACGAACCAUCGCGGACAGGUUUAUACAGGGCACGACAGUGAAGUCUAUCCCGGUUUAGUCUGCUGCGAUGCGUCGGUGAUUCCAACGUCUCUGGGAGUGAAUCCGCUUGCCACGAUUACUGCGCUUGCGGAGCGCUCGGUGGCGCUUGUUGCGGAGGAGUCGGAACUUGUAAUUGACCUUGAGACGUCUAAUGGGGAUCUGGAUGUUGAUAGCAGACCUCGAGUGUCGAAUUAUAAGGGUAGUUUAGAUAAGGGGCUCAUCUCGACGGGGUGGCAGUUUACGGAGGCUCUUGAGGGAUAUAUCAGUGUGCCAGGAGGAUCCAGCUCUGAAAUAUCUGAAAGAGAAGGGAAGGGCUCUUCAUCGGCUAUACGCAUGCUUCUUACGGUGGAGGUACAGCGGAGAGUGCAAGGCGGGCCGAGAUAUCAGGGUGUCUGCACUGGGACAGUAUCCUGCCGUGCUUUAUCACGACGAGCAAUGAGGGUCAUGAGAGGAGAGGUAGACUUCUUCGUGCCGGGGAAUAGCGUUGAUUCAACGACUUUGAGAUAUAGACUGCCGCUACAGACAGUCGAGGGUGAAGAGUUGAUGCUGGUCGGGACAAAGACAAUCGACUCGUCCAGCGCAUUCUCUGUAUCACGGCUGUGGAAAGCUACGACUGUGGUUAAUGUUCAGGUUAUUUCUCAGGGAGAGAGUGUAGGAGCUGGCGUCCUGCGCAUUCCACUGUCGUCGUUUCAGCGGCAGAUACGGACAUUCCGGUCAACGGGCUCAGCCUUCACUGCGUUGCCAGCAUUGUUGAUGUUUCUUUUAUACUUCAUCCUCCAGAUCAGUCUGUUCUUCUUCCACCCUCUUAUACCGCGCUGGUUUACCCCUGAAAAGGGUGGCAGAGUCUUUGAAGCCAAACAACCUCUAUCAACUCAUGAAAUCUCAGCUUCAGACGGAGUCAAUGUCAAACUCGAGUUAUACAGUCGAGAACCAGUCGAGAGCAAGCCGCCAAUUCUAUUCCUCCCCGGAGUCACAGGCUUAAACCCGCAGCACUCCAUAUACACCCUCCCCUUCCAACCCACCAACAUGGUCGACUACUUCACCUCUCAUGGCUACAGUUGCUACGUCCUCGCCCCCCGCUGGAGCUACAACGCACGCAUUGCAGAGGACUGCACGGUCUUCGACAGCCGUCUCGACAUUGCCGCCGCCCUGCAGCAUAUCAGCCACGAGACCAAGGGCCAGAAACCGUAUAUAAUCGCCCACUGCCAGGGCUCCAUCGCCCUCGCAAUGGGCCUGCUCGACGGAUCAAUCCAGUCUUCCCAAAUCCUAGGUAUAACCGCAAACUCCGUCUUCAUUACCCAGAUCUUCCCGUUCUGGAACGCUGUCAAGGCUUCCAGCCCGCUCCUUAUCCGGUUAUACGAGUUUCUUGACGGGCCGUAUUUCCCUAUUAGCUUUCUCCCUACUAAAGAGAAGAUGGAUAAGAGGAAGAAAGAUAUACUCCAGCACGCACUCGAUUUCAUUCUAUCAUUCUACCCAGUCCCCCACGCCCGAGACCUCUGCACCUCAUCAACCUGCCACCGCACCUCCUUCGCCUUCGGUCUCCUCUGGAACCACCAGAACCUAUCCCCAGAAACCCACAAUAACAUCGACCGCUUCUUCAUGGGCACAUACACGAAACUCCUCGAGCAUGUUGUUCGCACGGGCUCACGCGGUGGGUGUCUAGAGUAUAAACAAGCCGUCCCCGAUGCAAGCCUUGAGCGUCUCCGCGGUGUGCCGAUCCUGUUCAUGUCUGGCUCUAAGAACCAGGUGUUUAGUCCCGAGUCGACGCUGAGGGACUAUGAGUUGUUGAGGAGGGAGUUUGGGGAGGGGCUGUAUCGCCGGUUUUUGGUGGAGGGGUAUGGACACCUUGAUACGAUUGUUGGGGAUAGGGCUGUGCAGGAUGUGUUUUGGAGGGUGGAGGCGCAUUUGGAGGGUCUGAGUAAGUAG